CUGAGCAAUUCCAAUAUGGUGGCUAGCUUGGCAGGUCUUCGCUUGCUGUUGAUGAUAUUGUUGUGUUGCGGGAUCCGGUUGGGCUCGUGCGAGCAGGCGGCGCUGCCCGUCGUGCGCCUGCUCCCGCAGGACCCCUCGGGCCGCGUGCGGAUGAAAGAGGGCACCGUCAGGGCACCCCCGGGAGUCUUCAAGCUGAGGCUCUUCGCCAGCGACGUCCGCAACCGGACCUGGCCCGGGCUGGCCUUCGCGGGAGGCUCCGAAAAUUCAAACCAGGACCCGUGCCGUGACGAAGCCGGACGGCGGCAGGCCGCCUUCCAGGUCAAGGAACCCUUCGCGGCGGAUGAAGACUGCAGCUGCAGCGGGCUGCUGACGGUGGAGGUCCGGACGGGGGGCGACGGCGAAAACCUCUCUUUUCACUUGUGCGCGGAAAGCGGCGGCGAGUGGUCUUCUUGGGGGCCGGACAGGCUUUGCGUGGAAAGUGGCGGCGAGUGUUCUUAUGGGGGGCUUCGCGUGGAGCCUCCGCCCCCGGAGCACAUCCCGGCCUGGGGCAUGGCGGUGUUGGUGCCGCUGCUGGUGCUCGCCUGCGGGCUGCUGAGGACGGUCCACCUCAGCCUAUUGUGGCUGGACCCGGUGGAACUUUACGUGCUGCACAGCUGCGGUUCCGAAGAAGAGAAGCGCGCCGCCAAGCGUCUGGAACCUGUCAGGAGGAGGGGGAAUUUUAUGGCGUGCUCGCUGCUCUUCCUGUGCGUGCUGGGACACUCGGCUUUGGCGGCGCUGCUGUUCCGGGCGCUGGGCUCGGUGGCGUCGGCCGCCUUCGCCGCCGCUUCGGCACUUUUCGUGGUGGGCGAGCUGCUCCCGCACAUCGUGAGCUCCGGCUACGGCUUCCGGCUGGCCCCGGGCCUGACCUGGCUGGCUCAGGUCGGCAUGGUACUGACCUGCCCGCUGUCCUGCCCGCUGGGGCUGAUCCUGGACCUGGUGCUGAGGCGGGACAUCAGCACCUGUUGCAUCAGGGAGCGGGCCAUGGAGAUGAUCCGCACCAGCGUCAACGACCCUUACAGCGAGUUUGUGAAAGAGGAGUUCAGUCGCGGGACGCUGCGCAGCAAGACGGUGGAGGACAUCCUGACGCCCCUAAAGGACUGCUUCAUGCUGCCCAGCUCCACUCUGCUGGACUUCUCCACCAUGUCGGAUAUCAUGCAGAGCGGCUACACGCGAGUGCCCAUCUACGAAGAAGAGAGGUCCAACAUCGUGGAGAUCCUGUACGUGAAGGACCUGGCGCUGGUGGAUCCCGAAGACUGCACGCCUAUGACCACCAUCACCAAGUUCUACAACCACCCGCUGCACUUUGUCUUCAACGACACCAAGCUGGACGCCAUGCUGGAGGAGUUUAAGAAAGGCAACUCUCACAUGGCCAUCGUGCAGAAGGUCAACAACGAGGGCGAGGGCGACCCCUUCUACGAGGUGCUGGGAUUGGUCACGCUGGAGGACGUCAUCGAGGAGAUCAUCAAGUCGGAAAUCCUGGACGAGUCUGACGGCUACCUGGACAGGAAAGUGAAGCGUCAGCUGCCUCCGCUGGAGAUCCCCUUGGAGCCUCGCGGGACCCCUGAGGAGUUUUCGCUCUUCAAAACGCCCGAGGGGGAGCCCAAGAUAAGGACUUCACCGCAGCUUCUGCUCGCCACUCACCGCUUCCUCUCCAGAGAAGUGGAGCACUUCAGUCCAUUACGUGUGUCAGAGAAGAUCCUUUUCCACCUUCUGCGUCACCCCAGCGUCAACCAGGAGGUGCACUUUGACCCCGCUAACCGCCUAAGCCCCGCCCACUAUCUGUACACACGCAACCACCCGGUGGACUACUUCAUACUGCUGCUGCAGGGUCGCGUGGAGGUGGAGAUCGGCAAGGAAGGACUCAAGUUCGACAACGGCGCCUUCACGUACUAUGGUGUGUCCGCACUCACGUUGCCAUCUUCAGUGCAUCAGUCUCCGGUGGCGAGUCAGCGUCAAUCCCCCCGAGAUCCCUUCGAGGCGUCUGACGCCACCAGUCCGUCCAGUUACUGUCCGGACUACACAGUCAGAGCGCUGACGGACUUGCAGCUUAUCCGAGUGACGCGCCUCCAGUACCUGAACGCCCUGAUGGCGUCGCGGGGCGGCGCCGACUGUGGAUCGGGUCCCGAGCCACCCGAGAUCAAGAUCCUCCCCAACAGUCACACUAAGCUGCUCAACGACAGGAACGCGGCGUCGGGUGCACCAGACUUGAACUUCUCUUUCUUUGACACCAUUGACAACUACUGCUAG